UUUCUCCUACUAAAUAUUUUACACUAUUCAACUUUGGUUCUUUUCUCAGUUGCUGUAAAUCUUCAAUUGCAAAUCUCAUUCGGUUCCGUUGAGUCUCGUCGAUAAUCAAAUCUUGCGAUUGUAUUGAGUGGAGCUCAAUACCUAACCCCUCAAAUCAUCCUUAAUCAGCCAGUCCAGUCCAGCCCAGCCCAGCCCAGUUCAAGCCUGUCCAGCUGGUCCAGGUCCCUCCAUUACCACCAACAAAGGAGUCUUCUUAGUCUUGCUUGGCUGGUCCCUUUCUCUUGACUUGACUCUACCUUAUUUCUACAACACCUCGACUGACUGACCGAUCGAGCGACUGCGUAUUCUUCUCCAAACGGCAUUAGUCGUAGCUUUUCGGUCGCUCUAAUCCUCUUCAACUUUCCCCCCUCCUUUUCACCGCGACCAUGUCUCGAUCGAACCCCCCUAACGCUGCGGGGUCCCGCAAGAUCUCGUUCAACGUGAGCGAGCAGUAUGAUAUUCAGGAUGUUGUUGGCGAGGGCGCCUACGGUGUUGUCUGCUCUGCCAUUCACAAGCCUUCCGGCCAAAAGGUCGCCAUCAAGAAGAUCACUCCUUUCGAUCACUCCAUGUUCUGUCUAAGAACCCUGCGAGAGAUGAAGCUGUUGCGAUACUUCAACCACGAGAACAUCAUCUCCAUUCUCGACAUUCAGAAGCCCCGAAAUUACGAGUCAUUUAACGAAGUCUACUUGAUCCAGGAGCUGAUGGAGACGGAUAUGCACCGAGUCAUCCGCACCCAGGACCUUUCUGACGACCACUGCCAGUACUUCAUCUACCAGACCCUCCGCGCCCUCAAGGCCAUGCACUCUGCCAACGUGCUGCACCGAGACUUGAAGCCCUCCAACCUCCUCCUUAACGCCAACUGUGAUCUCAAGGUCUGCGAUUUUGGUCUUGCGCGAUCCGCUGCUUCCCAGGAGGACAACUCCGGUUUCAUGACUGAAUACGUCGCGACUCGAUGGUACCGCGCGCCCGAGAUCAUGUUGACUUUCAAGGAGUACACCAAGGCUAUUGACGUGUGGUCGGUUGGCUGCAUUCUCGCCGAGAUGCUCAGCGGCAAGCCUCUUUUCCCUGGCAAGGACUACCACCACCAGUUGACACUCAUUCUGGAUGUGCUGGGCACACCCACUAUGGAAGACUACUACGGAAUCAAGUCGCGCCGCGCUCGAGAAUACAUUCGAUCGCUCCCCUUCAAGAAGAAGGUUCCCUUCCGAACUCUAUUCCCCAAGACUUCGGACCUGGCCCUCGACCUGCUCGAGAAGCUCCUCGCAUUCAACCCUGUUAAGCGCAUUACCGUGGAGGAGGCUCUGAAGCACCCAUACCUUGAGCCUUACCACGAUCCCGAGGACGAGCCAACAGCGCCCCCGAUCCCCGAGGAGUUCUUUGACUUUGACAAGCACAAAGACAACCUGAGCAAGGAGCAGCUGAAGCAGUUGAUCUACCAGGAGAUUAUGAGGUAAAUGUGGUAUGAUAACGAAGGUCGGCGAGGCAUCUCGGAUCUGCGAUCCGAGACACCUCUGACGGGUUAUCUGUUGCUAGCAGGCGUGCUCAUAGUUGUGAUAUUUGA